UUCUAUUAUUUAGCAUUUUGGCAAUUUUUAAAAGUGAAGCAAUGAAACGUAAUAUUGCUGCCUACAACAAAUCGACGAAUGGAACUAUCAAAUCAGAGAGAUCCCGAAGAAGUUGAGGUAAACUUUGAGUCAGAACCUUCAAAUAAAUCACUAUUCUUAGAGAAAGUUCGCCAAUCUAAUGCUGCCUGCCAAAGUGGAGAUUUUAAUACUGCCAUUAGGCUGUAUACUGAUGCAAUUGUUCUUGAUCCUGGCAACCAUGUGCUGUAUAGCAAUCGCUCUGCAGCAUACAUCAAAGUUGGGAAGUAUGGUCGUGCUUUACAAGAUGCCAUUAAAGCUCGGGAAUUACAUUCCAAAUGGCCGAAGGCCUAUUAUCGACAAGGUGUGGCAUUGCAAUGCUUGGGGCGCCAUGCAGAUUCCUUGGCAGCUUUUGCCUCCGGGUUAGCUCAGGAUUCCAAAAACGUUCAUCUUUUAGCUGGUCUUGUUGAAGCAGCUAUGAAAUCUCCUCUUAGAGCUACUUUAGAACCAACAUACAGGCAACUCCAAGCAAUGCGUUUGGAUAAAUCACCAUUUGUUAUUACUUCUGUUGUGGGUCAAGAGCUUCUAGCUACAGGACAUCAUGCUGCUGCCGUAGUGGUUUUAGAGUCUGCACUUCGUAUUGGAACAUGUAGUCUAAAAUUAAGGGGUUCAGUGUUCUCUGCUUUGAGUAGUGCAUAUUGGGCUCUUAACACUUUAGAUCGUGCCAUUGCAUACAUGCAACAAGAUCUAGCUGUAGCCAAGUCAUUAGGAGAUCAAGCUGGUGAAUGUCGUGCACAUGGAAAUUUGGGAUCAGCGUACUUUUCAAAAGGCAACUAUAAAGAAGCUUUAACUAGCCAUAGAUAUCAAUUAGUGCUUGCAAUGAAGUGCAAAGAUACAUAUGCAGCUGCAUCUGCUCUUACUAGUCUUGGGCAUGUUUAUACAGCAAUUGGCGACUAUCCAAAUGCUUUGGCUAGCCAUAAGCAAUGUGUUCAAUUAGUUAGACAGAUUGGUGAUGGACUGCAAGAAGCUCGUGAAAUUGGCAAUGUUGGAGCAGUCUAUUUAGCAAUGGGAGAUUUUGAUCAGGCUGUUGAGUGCCAUUUAGAACAUCUUCGAUUAGCCAAACAGUUAGGAAAUAAAGUGGAAGAAGCAAGAGCAUAUAGCAAUCUUGGAUCUUCACAUCAUUACAGAAGGAACUUUGAACAAGCUAUAACUUUUCAUAACCAUGUACUAAGACUUGCUCAAGAAUUAGGAGAUAAAACUAUUGAAGCUAGAGCAUAUGCAGGUUUAGGCCAUGCUGCCAGAUGUAUAGGUGAUUAUCCACAAGCUAAAAAAUGGCAUGAAAAGCAACUUGAUAUGGCUUUAAGUACUAAGGAUAAAGUGUCAGAAGGACGAGCCUGCUCAAACUUGGGUAUUGUAUAUCAGCUUCUUGGUGAUUUUGAUGCUGCUCACAAAUUGCAUCAGGCUCAUCUAAAUAUUGCUCGUGCCUUAGGUGAUAAAGCAGGCAUGGGACGUGCCUAUGGUAAUAUUGGCAAUGCUUACAGUGCUAUGGGACGUUAUGAGCAAGCCAUAAAAUUUCAUAAGCAGGAACUUACAAUUUCUAAGGAAGUGAAUGAUAGAAGUGCUGAAGCUUCAACUCAUGGCAACUUAGCUGUAGCCUAUCAAGCAUUAGGAAUGCAUGAAAUGGCUCUUUUACAUUAUCACAGUCAUUUAAAUAUUGCACAAGAAUUAAAAGACACUGCUGGUGAAGCUUGUGCAUUGUGCAAUUUAGGUAACUGUCACAGUUCCAGAGGGGAAUUUUCUCAAGCAGUGCCAUAUUAUGAAAGCUUUUUACGUCUUUGUCAGGAAAUAAGUGAUGUUGAAGGUGAAGCCAAAGCGUGCCAUUUUUUAGGAUAUGCUCACUAUUGUCUAGGAAACUACAAAGAUGCUAUACAUUAUUAUGAACAAGACCUUGAAUUGGCCAAAGGCUUACAAGACCGCUUAAGUAUGGGUAGAGCUUAUUGCAAUCUAGGUUUGUCACAUUUAGCAUUGGGUGAUUUCCAAGCUGCACUAGAAUGUCAAAGAUAUUUUCUUGCUGUUGCUCAAAUGAUGAAGCAUUUACAGGGGAAAUUUCGUGCUCUUGGAAAUUUAGGAGAUGUUUUAAUGAAAAUGAAAGAUCCUAACCAAGCUGUGAAAGUAUAUCAAAAACAGUUGAUUCUAGCUAAGCAAAGUGGAGACAGAUCUUUAGAAGCUGUUGCAUAUGGAGCUCUUGGCCUUUGUCAUAGACAAAUGCAGUGUUUUGAUAAAGCUUUGGGAUAUCAUACUCAAGAAUUAACUUUAAGGCAAGAAUUAUGUGAUGUAAGAGGAGAAUGUAAAGCUCAUGGACAUCUAGGAGCUGUACAUAUUUCCUUGGGAAAUUAUACUAAUGCAAUGAAAUGUUACGAGGAACAAUUAGAACGUGCAAAAGAACUUCGCGAUUGUGCUUUAGAAACACAAGCUCUUGGUAAUUUAGGUAUAUCCAGAUUGAAUAUGGGUCAUUUUGAAGAUGCAAUAGGUUAUUUUGAACAGCAGCUUGCUCUUUUAGAACAGUUGGGAAACAACAAUGCUUUGAUUGAUAAAGGAAGAGCUUAUGGAAAUCUGGGUGAUUGUUAUGAUGCUCUUGGAGACUUUGAAGAAGCAGUUAAAUGUCAUGAGCAGUAUUUGGCAAUUGCUUUGAAAGGGCAAUCUUUAAGAGAUCAAGAGCGAGCUUACCGAGGUUUAGGAAAUUCUCAUCGUUGCAUAGGGAAUUUGCAGCAAGCUUUGGUAUGUUUUGAGAAGCGCCUGGUAGUUUCCCAUGAACUUGGAAAUAUCAGUGCUAAAGCUGCUGCUUAUGGUGAAUUGGGAGGCAUUCAUAGCAGCUUAGGCAACUUUGAACAAGCAAUAGCUUGCCUGGAACAUCAGUUAAACUUAGCUAGAGAAAUGAAUGAUAGAGCAGCUGAAGCUGAUGCUGCUUGUGGACUUGGUACAGUUUAUCAACAAAUGGGUGAUCAACAAAGAGCAUUAAAAUAUCAUCAAAUGGACUUGGACAUUGCUGAAGAAACAAAUAAUAUGGCUGCUCAAGGGCGAGCUUAUGGCAAUCUUGGAGUAGCCCAUGAGUCUUUAGGAAGCUUUGAACAAGCUAUUUUAUAUCAAGAACAACACUUAAGUAUAGCUGCACAAAUUAAUGACAAAGUUGCAAAAACUUUUGCUUAUAGUAGUCUUGGCCGAGUUCAUCAUGCCCUAGGCAAUACUCCUCAAGCUGUAGCUUACUUACAACAAGGAUUACUUAUUGCUGAACAAUUGGGAAGGCGGGAAGAUGAAGCUAGAAUAAGACACAGACUGGGACUUGCAUUGUGGGGUAAUGAUGAUUUAGAAGGUGCUCAGCAGCAAUUGUAUAGAGCAACAGACUUGUUCGAAACCAUCAGGAGAGAGGCCAGAGGAACAAGUGAUUAUAAGUUAUCACUCUUUGACCUGCAAACUGCAUCUUAUCAAGCUUUACAGAGAGUACUAGUAGGCUUGGGCAGAUAUCAGGAAGCUUUAGUUGUUGCAGAAAGAGGACGCACAAGAGCCUUUGUUGAUUUAUUGCUUGAACGACAAACUAGCAGUUCUCACAGUAUCUUAAAUUUCAAUCCAGCUAAUGUAGAUCAAAUCUAUGAUAUUGUUAGUAGGCAAAAGGCUACAGUAUUAUAUUAUAGUAUUGCUGCUGGAUAUUUGUACACUUGGCUGAUUGUACCAAAUAAAGGAAUAGUAAAAUUUCAUGAAAGUAAUAUUUCUGAUAUGGAUAAUGAUAGUAAUGGAGAUGCCAAUGCAGCAGUACCAUCAGCUAGUUCUCUUUUAGAACAGUACAUUAUGCAUGUAAGGGAAGCUCUAGGUGUUGAUAUACCCACAUCUCAGAAUGGUACUCUUAGUGAAACUGAAAGUGAGGCUGGAGAUUUGUGGAAUCAACAACUUGAAGAAUUGGGAGAUCGGCUUAAUCAGGAAAAUGACAGAACUGGUUUCUUGAGAAUGGUAAAUAGAAAUCAUCUUUUCAACAGCAGCAACUACAGUUUAAGUAGUCUUUUCAGUGUAGGAAGUUUAGGUGGAAGCAUUGCUAGUGGGUUAACUAGUCGACCUGGUAGCAUAAGAUCUCGUCGCUCUCAAUGGCAAGGACCAGCACCUCUACAUGCAUUAUACGACCUGUUGAUUGCUCCUAUUGAAGAAUACUUACCUAGAGAUCCUGAUUUACAAGAACUGUUACUUGUUCUUGAUGGAGAUCUUUAUUUAGUUCCUUUUGCAAUACUGAAAAAUAGUAGCUGUGAUGAAUAUUUGUGUGAACGAUUUAGUCUAACUGUUUUACCUUCCAUAAGUGCCUUAAAAGCAAGCCAGAGGUCUAAAAUUAUAAGACAAAAUAAUAGCAAGGAUAUAGCUUCUGCUUUGGUUGUUGGCAAUCCCAAAAUUCCUGCUAUUGUCUCUGAACAGUGGGGCUGGAAUGAUAUUCCACAUGCAGAACAGGAAGCUACAUUAGUAGGUGAAAUCCUCUCAACAAAAGCCAUAUGUGGAAGUGCUGCUACUAAAGAAAAUAUUCUUAGCCAACUUUCACAGGCAGAAUGUAUACAUUUUGCCACACAUAUAUCUUGGAAAUUGUCUGCUGUUGUUUUAUCUCCUGGAGAAUUCAUGGAAUCCUCCCGCCAUUAUGCACAUAGUUCACAAUCAGAAACGGGUCAUGAGAACAAUGAUUACUCUGAAGAACCAACAUCAGAACUAUCUUCAACAGAUUUGCCACCAUUGUCAGAGUUCCUUCUUACUGCUGCUGAUAUUUUAAAUCUUCGAUUGUCUGCUCGUUUAGUUGUUAUCAGUUCUUGCCAUACUAGAAAUCAUCAUGGUCGAGCUCAUUCUGAUGGAGUUGUAGGACUUACUCGUGCACUUUUAGCAGCAGGUGCACAGUGUGUUUUGGUUUCACUUUGGCCUGUCCCAGAUGCAGCUGUAAAAAUAUUGUUGCGAACAUUUUACUCAGCACUUUUACAGGGGAGUAAAGUAAGUUUAGCUUUGGCUGAAGCUAUGAGAACUAUUCAAACAACAAAACAUUUUGCCCAUCCUGCUAACUGGGCAAGCUUUGUUUUGGUAGGGAGUGAUGUUCAUUUGAGUAAUCAAGUUGCAUUGAUGGGACAAGCUUUGUCAGAUCUCUUAAAGACUCCUGAUAAGUGCACUGCUGCCUUGCGUGUGGUUUUGCAUUUGGUUGAAAAGUCAUUGCAAAGAAUACAUCGUGGACAUAAAAAUGCUAUGUAUACAACACAGAAGAGUAUUGAAAAUAAAGUUGGCCCUGUUAAUGGUUGGAAAGAAUUGUUAAUAUCUGUUGGCUUUCGUUUUGAGCCUGCCUCAAAUGGACUGCCAGCAUCUGUGUUUUUCCCACAGUCAGAUCCAGGAGAAAGAUUGACACAGUGUAGUGCUAGCUUGCAAGCUCUCUUAGGUUUGUCUCCUGUUUCAUUAAGUGCAAUCACAAAACUACUGUGUAGUCCAGAAUAUGCAGAUGAUAUUAUACAAUUGAUUCGUCAGGUGAUGUCUCAGUUUCUUCACAAAGAUCAGGAUGCAGAUAAUAUUGAAUGUUCUGUUAGUGUUAGGCUCUGGAGCAUUCCUGGAUGUCAUGAGCUUCUUGCUUCAUUAGGUUUUGAUUUAAUGGAAGUUGGGCGUGAUGAAGUUAUGUUAAGAAUGGGAAAGCAAGCAAAUAGAAGAACAAUUCAGUUUGCUUUACAAGCACUUCUUGCUGUUUUUGAUACCCAAGAAGCUCCAAAGAGCCUUACUCUGGAAAAUUCUAGUUCAUUAGAAAGUCUUGACAGUGAACAAAGUGAUACUAGAACUGUUUCGCCACCUCCAGCUGCUACUCCAACAUUGUCUUAUCCAACUUGGCGGCCAGUGAUUGGAAAUCAGAUUUUGGGUAGGAGCAGCACUGGUGCUUUUAGCACAUACGCACGAACUCGAGGUGAACCCGAUGGGCGAACAGCUACCAUGGGAAGUGAUCAAAAGGGUAGAGAAAGUGACACCUUUACACCAAGUCCAGUGGAUACUAUGAAGCCAAUAAUUGCUAAUAAAAUUCAAAAACAAUCUCCUCAACCAAGUCCACAUCUAGCUAUUAAUUUAUCCCACCAAAGCAAAAUUAGAUGUAUGUAUAAUGAUAGUCCACCAAGUGACAAUAAUGGUGCUCGCCCUGAUAGUUCCUCUUCUGCUAGUUCUGCAACUGAUUGGGAUUCUGGACAAUCAACUGUGAGAAGACAAACCAUAUCUAGAGACAUGGAGCCAUUAAAUGAUCAGUUGAAUGUUUCAAAUACUUUACAUCCUUAUACUGGCUUGAAAAAGAAUGCUUAUGGACUACCUCUUCAUGAAAAUCACACUAAGCAAUCAUCUACUGGCUCUUUGGUGGACAAUAAUGAUUUAUCUCAAAAUAAUUCAGAAUUCGAUUUUUGUGGAAGUAAUUCUGAUUUAGGAAACCUUUCUUCUCAAAUAUCAAAUUUUAAUUUAUCAUCAUCUAAUGUUAAGGGUGAUAUGAAAAAGAAAUCCUGUUUAUUUUCAACUGUUGUAAAUAAGACAAUGGGUAAGGAAUUCAGUAGAAAAGGUAUAUCUAAAUUGGAUCAAGAUAGGAGCUAUUAUAAAAGAUCGGCCACUCUGGGUCAUACAGUAGAAACAAAAGCUCAGGUACACCAAGUUGAAACUAUUAGCAAACAUUAUCCUUCAAGUGAAACUGGUAUAUAUGCUCCUUGUCUGGAAGGCAAAACCCAAGAAAAUAUUGACAUUCAUGAAAUUCGAGUGCCAUCAACCAUUGGUUGCAAUCCUCGUGAAAAAUCAUUGUAUGUGCCACAAGCUUUUCAUAACAGUUUAAUGGGGAAAAAGGACCACAUUGGAAAGCACAUGCUUAAUACACAGCUCAGGCAUUUAAGUCAAGAAUUACCAGAUGUUUAUCAUGAUAGAAAUGUAGGUUUAGGUUUAGCUCCAUCUUUGUCUACAAUUUUAGCUGCAGAUAAUAUUAGUGGUCUUACAGAAGAUCAACAUUCUCCUGAAAAUAACCUUCAUUCAAGACCCUCUAACAUCAACAACAAUCAAAAGCAUCUCCCAUCACGCCCAAAGCCUCCAUUACCACCUAAGCGUAUUCCAAUACCAUAUAAUCAUUCUCAUAGUGAUCAUAGGACUUCCACUGAUGAUUCCCAGGGGGAAACAAUGAACUGUGCUUCUGUUGAAAAUCCCAUCAGCUCAGUGAACUGUGAUAUUAGAGAUCAAGGUGAUGGGGGCUCAUUUACAGAUUUAAGUUGCCCCAGUCAAAAUCAAGACUUAUUUCCUCCAUCCUUAAAGGUAUUCUCUUCUUUCUUGAACAAUAUUGAUAAUCAAAGUUCAAAUGGCCAUAGCAAAGAAACUGGGAAGAAAUUGAAAUCAGAUUUAGUCACAGACAGUUUAGGUAUACCUUUUAAAUCUAAUGUGAUAAAUUCUCAUGAUUGUUCAUCUAUGGAAUCUCUCCGUAAAUCUGAUGGUAGUAAAGCUUUUUCAUAUUAUAAUAAUGAUUUUGAAAACAGAGAUUCUGGUCCUGAAAUUUUAUCUGCAGAUCCUGUUGGUAAGCAAAAAGAUGGGUGGACACUGGAUACCAAUCGAAAUCUUUGUACAAGUUCCACAACAUCUGAUACUGAAGGCAGUGAUAUGGAUAAUUCCCCUAAAAAUAUAUCCACUGUCAAAAGGAACCCAAAGCAUAUAUUGUCGUCUCGUAGUAAAGUUCCUGAAAAUUCUUCCUGCAAACCUUCAACUUGUUAACAUUGCAUCACAUCCUGUGAUUUUAUUGUUUUUUGUUAAAUAAGUGUAUACAAUUAUAAAUAUGUGUACAUUAUGUGAAUUUUUAAUCAAGCUCUUUUACAAGCAUUUUUUUUACAUGUAUUAAUUUUUUUAAAGCUUAUACUGUACUAUACACAAAGCAUUUUUGUAUUUUUAUAACUAUUUACUCUCAUUGUGACUGAAGACAGUAGCGAUUCCAUCCAUUUAAUA